AUUGUUUUUGGUACUGCACUAGAAACGUCAAACUAUUAAGAAAACACAUUUAUACCUUAUGGUCCAUAUUGUACAAUACAUCACGUACACGAUUUUUUUGACGAGAAAUUCGAAAUUAUUUACUUUUAAUCAUUUAAUAAAGUAGUGUAAGCUUUAGUAAUCGACAGUUUAUGAUCUCAGUUUUUAAACCAUGGCUUUAACUGCGGAGAGGCUUAGAAACGACGAAAGGUUUUCUGGGGAGAACGUUACGCAAUUUCUGCUUUUUUUGCCAUUUGGACUAUGCCUGUUUGUGGUACGGACAAUUUUGGCUUUAAUGUUAUGGGUGGCUUCGAUAAUAUUGCCGAACAAAUCGACGGUCAGGCAGAUGCUGUCCACGCUCGCCUGCUGGACAUUCGGAGUGUACGUGAAGGUGAAGGGGCAGCGUGACCCUCGCUGCAGCAUGCUAGUGGCCAACUAUGCGUCCUGCCUGGACUCGCUGGCCGCGGCGCACGCGCUGGGAACCAUCAGUCUACGGAAGUGGAAGGUGCCGCCAUUUUUUGCGUCAACGCUAGGCAUCAGGAACGCAGCUCAAUUUGUUAGAAAAGAACACUUCGGCGACUGCACGAGUGCGCCGUUGCUUCUACAGCCGGAGGGCGGGCCGGCGAACGGCCGUGGUCUACUCCGGUUCGCUGACUGGCCCUUCCCCGUCGCCCAGCGAGUACAGCCCGUCGCCAUUGAGGUGGAACGAGCGUUCACCGCCGUGACAGUACACACGGGUCACGGCGCCGGCUUCCCAUGGCGCGAUGCGCUUUGGUUUCUGCUGGCGCCCGUCACCGUGUACAAGCUGACACUACUGCCAGCUACGAGUGACGUCACGGAGGUGGCCGGCGUCAUCGCUGAACACUUGCAGAUAGAGGCAACAGACGUGGAGUACUCCGCACUAUGCCGCGCGCCGCCUGUGGCGCCGGCGCGUGCUGCCGGCCCGGCGCGCGAGCUGGCGCGGCGCGCGCAGCAGGUCAAGGAGGUGCUGCCACGGGUGCCGCUCCACGACAUCAUGAGGGAUCUCGCCAUCACCCGCAGCGUAGACGUGACAGUGACGAACUUCCUCGAAGGUGUGACACCUUACACGCCCGAGCCGAUCCCACAGGCCCCGGAGGCCCCCGCCGGCCCCGCCAACCCCCAGCCCGGCCCCUCGGCCCCGCGAUACGUCACUCCGCCUGCUCAGGCCCCCUUCCCAAAAAGCGCGAAGGAGCGCCAACUCAGCUUCCAUGAGCGGAAAGCGCAGAUGAUCGCCGACGCACGCCAGAGGUAUAUAGAGAAACACGGGCUCAAUCUCACUAUCACAGGCUAACGAUACACAUUAUUGUCAAAUAUUUUCUUAUAUAAUUUUAGUUUGAGAGCAUUCUAUCAAUGUAUGAAACCCAUUUAUUUGAGAAUGCUAGGAAGCCGAAUUUUGGUUUGAAAAUGUAAAUUAUUAAAGGCGUGGCUCUCUCCGCGAUUUUUCACGUCGCUACAAGUACAUGCGGCCACAUGCGGCCCACACCAAUUUUGGUGUCUUGCAAUAGUAGUUGCUGCGCACCGCUACGGAACGGACGCCUGCUCGCGCUUGCGCCACCUUGCGGUCAUAUCUGUCUUAAUAGACGCCUUUUGUUAGAGAGUGAACCUUCUGUACCUAUAGUUCGUUUUUAGGGUUCCGUACCCAAAGGGUAAAACGGGAGCCUAUUACUAAGACUUCGCUGUCCGUCCGUCCGUCCGCCCGUCCGUCCGUCUGUCUGUCACCAGGCUGUAUCUCACGAACCGUGAUAGCUAGACAGUUGAAAUUUUCACAGAUGAUGUAUUUCUGUUGCCGCUAUAACAACAAAUACUAAAAACAGAAUAAAAUAAAGAUUUAAAUGGGGCUCCCAUACAACAAACGUGAUUUUUGACCAAAGUUAAGCAACGUCGGGAGUGGUCAGUACUUGGAUGGGUGACCGUUUUUUUUUGCUUUUUUUUUUCGUUUUUUUUUUUGCAUUAUGGUACGGAACCCUUCGUGCGCGAGUCCGACUCGCACUUGCCCGGUUUUUUAUUUUUAGCAUUAGAAAUAAGGUAAACAAUCUUGAUAUUCUUGAUGUGUUUUUUAAUUGAAAAGCACAUUUUAAAAAUAAGUUACGGCGAAUAUGUAACAAUUAUGAAUCUAAUAUGAUCAUUUAUAUUCUUCUGCUGUUUUUCAAUUAAAAGACAUGUCAAGAUCGCUUACCUUCUUUCAAGUUCUUUCUAAUGCUAAAAAAAACGAACUAUAGUACUAUUAGGUCAUUACCUAUGAAAUUGGCGUUUUGUUCGGAGAAUUUCAACGAAACACGAAUUUCCAUACAAUUAAUUUUGCGGAUAUUUUUUUGAUGGCUAAUUCAAACCAAACAAAAUUUUUCCAGUCAUUUUUGACACCUUUAAGGUAUGUUUUCAAUAUCUCCAUUUCUUGAAAAUUGGUACCAUUAGAAAAAUAUAAGUAAUUUUAAUACUCGAACCGACAGCACAUGAAAAGACCUAUUUUCAAGGCUUAAUUCUGAACACUUAACAAUAAAAAAUAACAAUUAAUUGUAUGUAAAAUCGUUGUUUAUUGAGUGCACUGUAGUUUUAUUGUAAUUGUGUAUGUACUUUUGUAAAAAAAAAAAACUAGGAUCAGACUUAUAUCUAUGAACAAAAACGCCAAUUUCAUAGGUAAGGACCCAAUAUUAUGGAUGGACUAUUAUCGGAUCAAAAAUCGGCUUCAUGACAUUUUCAGAGUAGCGUUCACGAGCUAUACGUUGGAAUGCUCCUUGGUCGAUUGACUUUUUAAUGUAUUUCACUCUGGUAAUCUUUUAGAAGAAUCGGCUACCACAACUUUGACACUGACAUAUUCUAUAUCUCUCGCUCGCACUAAUAUGCAAGUACGAGCGAGAUGCGUAGAAAGUAAGUUACGCACACGCUAGCGAACAUGUCAAUGUCAAGUUCCUGGUAAGACUAUUAGAACAUGCUUGGGAAGUGAUCUAUAAAAAUGCGGAUGUUAAGUUGAUUGACCCUUAUUAAUAUUUCGACCGUUGUCACAUAUACGUGGCUGAGAGAAUAGUGUAAACAAAUAACUAGGGUGAUUCCCCAGUAACUGGCCACGCUGAACUAAAAAUGAAUUCUAUUCGCCUAUAAACAGAAAUUAUUUUAGUAUAAGGUGGCUAGUUAUUGAAGGCUGGCCAGUUAUUGAAACCUUAUACUAAAAUGUAUUUUGUUUAUAGGUGAAUAGAAUUCAUUUUCAGUUCAGUUAUUGGCCGGUGGCCAGUUACUGGCGAAUUACCCUAUAUUACUUAAUUUGAAAUAAAUUAUUCUAAUAUUGUUUGUUCUCAUUUUUAACAUGGAACAGCGUAGUUGUUGACUGAUCACAAUUUAAACUUUUCUUUGCAUAGUUCUUAUAUCAAUAUUGUGAUAAUUUUUGGCGUUUAUUCUUGUCGGUAUAACACCAAUUAUGUAAGAUUUGAAUUCCCGAGUAGUAUGGCAUAGCGUUCAUAGGGUUAAUACGUAAAUGCGAUUAAGAAUUGGGGCGGAUCAGCGUUAAAUAAAAUGACCUUUUGUUUUAACCUGUUUGACCACCAUUGACUGCGAAAAUAGAAAAUAUUUGUUAUUUGGAAUAUUUUUUUUUAUUCAUGGUGGUUAGAGGUUAAAUAACAACUUUAAUUUCAUUAUUUUUUUAAAAUGUUUUAUUGCUUUCAUCGCCUCCAGUAUAAUAGUGAUCAUUUUCUGCUUUCAUUUUCUACUCCUCAGUAAAGUACAUUUUACGUUAGUUUAUGACUUUAUGACUCUUGGGCAUUUUCGCGAGAAGAGAUCCAAUUAACUUUAUUCUAAGGUAGGUAAAUUUAAUAUUUUUCCUACUCGGAAUAACGAGCUCUUUAGAUCUAGGAGAAAAAAAAAUGUGCCAAAAUGUUCAGUAAUUCUACUUAUGUACUCUCCAUUUUGUAACCGCCAUACAAAGUUUUUUUCUUCUAGUAUGAUCGAAAGAGCUCGUGAUUAUGAGUAGAAAUAAACAUUAAAUUUACCUAUUUAAGAAAAAAGUUGAUUGGAUCUCUUCUCGCGAAAAUGCCCUAUUAAUGUUAUUUGGUUCCUUAUAUUUUAAUGUAUUCUUCAUUUCUUUGAAAUAUCCCUUCGAUUUGCCUCGCAUGAGAAUUGAAAUGAAAUUAGAUCUAGCUAUUUAUAUUCCUACAGUCAAGACCAUUAACAUGUAUCAAAUAGAGAUGGACCGAAUAUGCAGUUUAUUGCAUACGAAUAUUCGGCCGAAUGUUCGGAUCAAAUUUUACCGAAACGAAUAUUCGGCCGAACUAUUCGGUUGAUCUGUAACAUCCUUAUUUAAAGUUUUCAUGUUAUUGUUAUUGAAUGUAAGGAAAUAUAUGACUUUCCGUCUUUGAAUGAAAAGCAUUAAAUAUUGUUCAAAUUUAUAUUAGAAAUAUUUUAAUCACUCUCUAUUCAAGAGAUUAAAUUGAAAUUAAACUAGAUGACGAACGAUAAUAUGUCUGUAUUUUACGUACAGUAUGCAAAUACCGACCAUACGUCCUUGAAAUAAGGUGCAUAAUGUUAACGUCAAAAUGGGGACUUAUUAUCCACGUGAUUGUACUGUACCUUGAUUUACAUGAGUUAUAUAAAUAAAUAGGAUGUUUCCUA